GUCCAGCUCACAGCGUUUCGCCAUUGUGAUUAGCGCAGGCAUCGCUGUUGUCCUUGCAACGGCAGAGCGCUCUGACUCCAUCUCCUUAGCUGCCAAUGGCCGACUUGAAACAUUCUCCAAGAAGACAUCAAGCUGCCAAGCUAGUUUUCUCAAUCGUUUGCUUAAAUCAUAGCCAUGCAGGCCUCGCAGCUCUUCGAAUCUUUCAUCUCGGCUUUCAUGAACGUCCCGCAGGUGGAUGGCCGCAAUGCGCGCGUGCCGGUGGACCUGAGCGUCACCUCCAAGAAGGCCCGCACCCGCGUGCACACCAAGCAGAACGACGGCGCCUAUUGGGCCUCCGUUCCGCAGCUGCCCGUGACAGCAUCGUGCAGAUAAACAUCUCGCGACCAACAACCUGCUAUCGGAUCUCUGCAAACGUUGUGGUUGCGUCUGUGCGCCGACGUCAAGUGCGACACUGCUCCCGAUCGUGUGCUGGUUGUAUUUUAUUUACUUCCCAGCUUUAGUCUCCCCGCUAGACUUUAUCUAAAUCGUAAUGAAUUGUAGAUUGCAUUGACGUUUUGGCUUCGUACAGAUAGUUGAAGUGGAUUGGUUUCAUUUGCAUGCGAUGCUUUGCUUAUUUCAGAAUACACAAUGCUACUUGCAUCGAAUAUGCAUACAG